GGGGAGUUGCAGCGAUGAGAAAAGAUCGUCAGAUGCAUGUCUGUGACAGAGUUGAACCCAGACCAAAAUAGUACCUAGGGAAGGUAUUUGGUGGAAUAAACUGUGACAUGAGAUCAGAGCAGAGAGGAAGAGGCGAAGCGAGAGGGUUUGCUCCCGUCAAAAUAUGUCCCCGAUAAGCAGAUCGCCUGCCUUUCCCGCCUUUGGUACAACAACUCCCAUUGUUAGGGAGGAGACAAGACGAUCUCGUCAUUAUAUACAGUUUCUCUGGAUCAGCGUAGUUUUGUGCUGAGUCGUCAGUCAGGUGAGCAGUGUCAGCUGACAAAUAUGUUUCGAUCGAAGACUCCCGCGAGCUGAGGACAAGAAUAGUUUUUUUUUUUUUUUUUAGAGCUUGUGUGUUGAGUCAGCAAACAGACGUCUGAAAAGGGCAUCGUUGUUCCUCCCUGGACACACUUCAAUAACCGACCGAGAAUCAGGUAAGAUACAUUUUUUUUUUAAUGUUGGACCACCACCUUUGUCCUAGAAGACGUUUGAAGCAGAGCCAGCUGUGAAAAGUCAGCUGGCUAGCAAGCAAACAAAAGUUGUCAGCGAGCAACUUGUUUGUGCCCAACUGGAAAGUCUUUAUCAGUACAAACCGAUUUCACUCUGAAUUCCAUAGCAGAUAGUACAUUUUGAGACUGAGCUAUGAACAAGUUUUGCAAAUAUAAAGAAUAAGCGGUAGCUUGCUGUUUAUUUAGCUAGCUACAUUGUCUAGCUUGUUCGUUUAACGCUUUUCUCUCUGCUUAACAUGAGCCUGAAUAUGGGGUCAGCUGAUGGUGUCCUCAUGCGGGGGUCCUUUGGAUGGAACACUGAUGGAAACUUCAGCUCUGUGUGCCCCAAUGGGUCGGUAUGGGUUUGGGAAGGGCUGGGGGAAUGUGCCCAGGAUGCCAGGGACAUGGCCAGUGUCAUCCUGGGUCUGCUGUCUAUAGUGUGCUUCAUGGUUUCUUCUCUGCCGCAGUACUACAGCUCUUGUAAGAGUGGGAAUAUGGACAGCGCCUUGUCCAUUUGGUUUCUGUUACUGUGGCUGGGGGGCGACUCCUGCAAUCUUGUAGGCUCAUUCUUAGCUGACCAACUGCCGCUACAGGCAUACACAGCAGUGUAUUAUGUCCUGGCUGACUUAUUGAUGCUGGGAUUGUACUUUUACUACGUAGCUAAGCACAAGAUGAAUAACAACAGGUCGGUUCUAAAUGUAGUUGGUGUGGUCUAUGUACUGGGCUUCUCUGCCAGCCUCGUUGCCUUACCUGGGUCAGGGUCCCAACAGGAUGUGGUCCUCUCUGGGUUCAAGGGGCGGGCCUUGCUGUCAACCACUGUGGACGGUGUUAAGGCUUUCAGCACCAAGGAGAUCAUUGGGUUUACCAUUGGCUCCAUAUCCUCAGUGCUCUACCUCUGCUCCAGACUGCCACAGAUGCACACUAAUUACACAAGGAAGUCGACGGAGGGUGUGUCCUACUUCCUGUUUGCCCUGGUCAUCCUGGGUAACACUACGUACGGCCUGAGCGUGCUGCUGAAGAACCCUGAGCAGGGCCAGGGAGAGGGAAGCUACGUCAUCCACCACCUGCCCUGGCUCAUAGGCAGCCUGGGCACCCUCUCUCUAGACGUCCUGAUCUCCAUACAGUUCCUGAUAUACCGCAAUAACGCCCCUCUAGAGUUGGAAUCGCAGCACGAUGAGAGAGCUGCUCUGCUGGACAAAUGAAACUGCUCCUUGGGUGCUGGAUCUACAGUAGCAGUUCAGACACUUAUCCCCACCCAAUGGACUCUCAUUCACAUUCCUAAACACUAAAUCAUAACUUUUUGACACACAGGAAAUCCCUUUCUUUUGACUAUCGUUUUAUUUAUAUGAUUUGUGUUUUGAGAAAGAUGCCACUGUUAAUUGGGAUGCAGCUGUAGUUUACUUUAAUGAACUGUUCUUAAUUCCUCUUAAUCUUUAAGUGCUGGACCUUCCAACCGUUUGUCUAAAUACUUAUAGUAUUUCAAAUUUGUAACAAACCCGUCCUGACAAUCAUGACACUACUACUGGUCACUACGUGAAACCCUCUCAUUGUCAUAUUAGAAUAGUCUUGUUAUUGUAUUUCAGAAGUGAUUGACUAUAAAUAUUUUUUGCAGAUCACUUCAUGUCUUUUGAGUAUAGAGACAUGAAUCUUAGUGUCUUGACAUGUUCAUGUGGAUUUAUUGUAACUUUUAAUUAGUGUAAAUGUCUGAAGUACUGUACUGAAUUUAUUUUAUUGUUUACAUAAAUUGCCGUUAAGCAUUUUGCAUAUGUGUACAUUUGAGAUUUAUGUACUUUUUUGGGGGGUAUGUCUUCAGAUCUGGAGACUUGACCUCAUGUUUGUUCAGUGUAAGCACACAGCAAUGAUGCUCCUGUUUCUUUUUUCUUAGUCUGUUCCCUAAACAAAAAUGGUGUUACAUCAGUCUACUGAUAUGCACAGGAAGGAUUUAAUGUUUUAUCACAUUGAUAGUGUCUCAUUCCCCACUUACUGCUACAUUUAGGCAGUAAAAACAAAAAAUUGUUAGAAAUGAGUUGCGGGAAUGUGUUUCUCAUUUUGAUAAAUGUUUGUUCUGUUUCACUAAUACGCUCAAUAGGACACAUCAUGCUUUUAAACAAACUGAAUUUGUAUGGAGCCCUGAUGUCAUUUGGCCAGUGUACCUGAUCUUUAGUGUGUUAAAUACGCUGGCAACGUGAUUUCAUUUUCCACCUUACUUCCAUAUCCAGCCCAUACUGUUUUUGACUGGACUUCAAGAUUAUAUAAUAAAAUAAUGAAAAGUC